CUCCCCAGCUCCGGCGCCCCCGCCUCGCUUACUCGGCGCGGGCUUCCUCCGCCACGACGCCUUCUCGUCCCACGGCGGUGGCGUUGCCCGUUCCCACUUCGUCUCUGCCUCGAACAAUAAGCUCACACUCUUCUGGAGCUGGAAAAUAGCCGGGGAGUCUGUGCGAGACAGGAUCAACCUUUUGCUUGCAGUAUUUUAAGCGCCUUGAUGCUACCCCCAAUGGUGCAGGGAAAUUAGGAACUCUGAAGGUGAAUCUCUGACUAAACAGGAUUUAGUCCGACACCACUGCAGGGAGAUAAGAGCAGUACGCACAAUGCUUGAAGAUUUCUUUACUCUGACUGAGAUGAAGGAUGGCAUUUCAACUACGGCAAGAAUAGCAGAGCUGGUUUCCGAGGUCCAAAAGCUGAGAGAUGCUGCUGAUUUUAGUACAUCUGACUUCAUAAGGCAGUGUUCAACAGCUGCAAAAACACUUGGAUCUACCAACAUUGAAGAAUGUCUUCAGCAUUUUGUUCAGCUAAAUGGUAUUGGUUAUCUCAAUCAGUGGCUUCAAGAUGCUCAAAACUGCAGCAAGGAAGUCAGCAGUUCAGCAGAAGAUUUGAUAAAUGCAGUAUUAACUGCAUUGGAGCGGCUAUCAGUUGAUGAUAUACAUAAAGCUCCUUGUGGUUUAAUUCCCACUGUUCAUCAGCUACUUUCUCAUGAAAAUACAGAGAUCAGUCAAAAGGCAAGAUUACUUUGCCAGAAAUGGAGCAGUGCACCAAAUUUUGUGGAAAAUGACCGACAAAUAGAUGCAAAAGAAGCAUACCAGGCUGCUGGACUUAAGCCCCCAGAAGCUAGCCAGGAAACGGAAAAUAAUAAACACGAUGGAGCAAAUGAAGCUGCAACUGCAGAAGCUAAAUUGAGCCAUGAUACGUUAACUUCCUCGGGUGUUCCUUUGCCAGAUCCGUCCCUUGUCAAUAAUAACACAGAUAUGACAAAGCAGCCUCCAAUGUCAGCAUCCCCAAAUUUCUCAGAUGGACAUGAGGUUUUAGUGCAGGUGAACUCCUCAGUUUCAUCUCUUGCAUCUCAGGGCGGCCUACCGAAUGCGUCUGUUACCGAGGAGACUUCUUCCUCCAAUGACGUAGGUUUGGUCACCAAUUGCAAGUUGUCAGAUACUCUCAACCUAAAGAGUGACACUGGGCAUGUUACUCAAGUAGGUUCGACCAUAGAUGCCAAGUCUCUUGAGAAUGUCAACUCAGAGAACUCAUUUGACAGUAUCAAAAAUGAUUUGGGGGACCAAAAUGUUUCAAGUGGCUUGGAUAUAAAAAAGGGCAAUUCCUUUGCAGCAGAUCGGUCAUGCUCUGAUAAUAAUGCAAUUGAAGCUUUGGACCAUCUUGCAAAUGCAAGCGUUAGUUUGCAAUAUUCGUCAGAGGACAGCAUGGGCAAAGAAGAAGAGCCUACAUCAUCAUCAGGUACAGAUGAUAAAGACACUGGCAGUGAAUUUUGGCUGACGAGAUCUGCUAAGAGCUUUGGGGAUUCCUCAAAGGCAGCAGAGACAAAGUUGAAUGCAGUAAAUGGAGAGAAGUCACCAUCAUCAACAGAGUAUGAUGAUACUGAUGCACUAGAAGUUGCGCGUCUCGUUGCAAUUGAGGUGGAGCGGGAAGUAAUUGACUACAGGGGAGACUAUUGCAGUUCUCCUGACAUUAGUUCCGAAAAUGUAGAUAGUCCUCAUGUGGAAGCAAGGCAGCACACUGAACCCCCUGUUCAUGAAUCAAAUGACAAUAAAUCCUCCACCACGGUGGUGGAUUCAGGAAAUUCCUCGUCUCUUAAGGAGGAUGGUGUGGGCAUCACAGAUGACAGCGGUCCUAUUAAUAGUAGAAAGAACACACGGGGUGUGGAUAUGGUAGACUUUGAUCUUAAUGCAAGUCAGUACCAUGAGGAAACCGAUUAUCAUCCAAAGUCCAUUGCCAAUAAUUCUGUAAAUUUAUCAACUCCUAUAGCUGUGGCUGCUUCCAGAGGCCCACUUGUAUUCCCAGCUCGCCUCCAAUUCGAAGGUGCACAGGGGUGGAAAGGUUCUGCUGCAACCAGUGCUUUUCGGCCAGCUUCUGUUCCGCGUACUCCUGACAGAGAGAAGUCAAUGUCAGCCUCUUCUCAGAAAACAAGAAAUGUGAUGUUUGACUUGAAUGUAGAUGAAAGUGAAAAUGCUAUUGCUGGCGAGUCGCUUUCAACAGCCUUAUGGCUUCGUUCUUCUGACAUAGCUCCCAAGGAUAUCUCUGGAGCUGAUGGUGCUAGUACGGGGCUUGAACUUGACCUUAAUAACCCAUGUGAAGAGGAGGAAGCUGCUACCACCUCACCUGAUGUACCAUCAUUCUGGAGUCAUCAACAAUAUCAUGGCAGAUGGAGCCAGCCUUCUUCCUCGUCAUCUUCAAGGCAACCUACUACACGGAACUUUGACUUAAAUGACAAUGUAUCCGUCUUUGAUGCCUCUUCCCGAGGCAAGGGGGAGUCGUUUGUCAAGACUUCCACGAACAAUACAUCAGACCAUUCUGAAGUCAUGAUUAUGGGCAAGAGAGUAACACUCGGACAGAAGGAGCACCGCAGCCCAAACCAGUAUAACUUUCUGGGGCCAAGUGUGGAAUCUAGUCUCCCCGUGAGGUCAAUGCAGUCAUAUGCACACCAGCCUCCUGAUUUCAGCGUUUUCGGCUAUCCUUCUCAAUCUGCUGCCAUGUCUUUGCCUCAUCCUCUCUAUGCUCCUGGAGGUGCUCCUUACAUGGUUGAUGCAAGGGGGGCAGCUGUGGUCCCUCCAUUGUCGGGCCUAGGUGUUGGCAUUUCUCAUCCAUCUUUCACCAGCAGAACAGUUCAACCUGUGCCUAGUGAAUUUGGCUACAUGAAUGCAAGCAUGGAUUUCAACUAUGCACUCUCAUCUGAAGGUGCACGAAGGGAAGCUGGCGGCUAUUGGCCUGUGCCAUUCCAAGGUCACACCGUCUUUCUCGAUGAACGUAUGAGGAAUACAUCACAAGGUGGCAGCUCUGGGACUGGGGUGGUAUCGAAGCGAAAAGAACCUGACUCGGGUUGGGAUAUGUACCCCCGGCACUGAGCAUCCGAUGUUCGUUGCAUUUGUAUUUCUUUGGUUAAUUCAAUGUUCGAUCUGCCUGGGGCCUUGCACAAUCUGGAAGAAGUUUGUCACAUGGAAAAUGGAAGACGCGCGAAGCUGAAUAUGGUUCAACCUAUGAGUGGGUUUCAGACACACAGGCUUCUGGAUAUCAUUGCUUUGGUACAACGUGUAGAUUUAGUUCCCUGUGAGCACAACUUCUUUUUGUUAACCUAAUAUAGCCAAAGCUGAAUUGUGUACAUCAUUGUUCUCUUGAAAGUUAUAAUUAAUGGAUGAAAUAAACUCUUUUUA